CCUCCCUGUCAGCUCGUGCACACUGCUUUGGAUGGCUGUGCGCAGCACAGCCAUGCAAAGCAGUGUCCUUACAGUGAAGCACACAGACACAGCACAUAGUGAAACAGCACACAGUUAACCCUUUGAUCGCCCCUCAUGUUAACCCCUUCCUGCCCAGUGCCAUUAGUUCAGUGUCAUUGCUUUUUUUUAGCACUGAUCACUGUAUUAGUGUCACCGGGGAUGUCAGUGACACCAAGUCAGUUCCCCCCAGUGUCAGAAUGCCAUUUUCAGAUCACACAAUAUAGGCCAUUGCUAGUAGCCUGAUGCAGUAAAAAAAAA